AUGUCAGAUGAUAAUGACGGGGUGGGCUCAGAGAGCAAGUGGUGGGAUCAAGUCCGCGAUAAGGAGCAGGUGAGUCCUGCUGCCUCAGAUAACGUCAGAGACGGGGUCGUUGAUUUUUCUUCGACCUUCAGGAUCGCAGUGCAAGCUCAGUGCAACUUACCGGAGAGAAAUCCUUUGAAAUUGCCUUGGGAAGAAGGUGUCUUUGGAGAGAUUUUCGGGGAAUCGGUUAUCGAUGUGUUGCCAGACUUGAAGCGAUCCAUGCCUACGCUGCUACCGACAGAUGAGAAGAGCCAGUCGAAUGCCCCCGCUGCAGCGAAGCGAUCGAGAAUCCUGGACAAAGGUGUCUCUGUUGCAUCAGCUGUAAAGAUAAGGGUUCCCGUUGCUUGGAGUGAGCAGAGGGAGGCUCAGUUUGAGAUUGGCAUUGACUUGUGGUUGACGCUCAUGAAAGACUGGGGAAGCUGCAAGUUUAUAGAGCUGCUUGAUGCUGAACCGCCUGGGGAUCCUCAGCGGGCGGUGGUCAACGAUGUCUUCCGGGAUUCCGGGGUAAAGGAGCUGUAUGCCUAUCUGAAGCAGCUGGAGAAGGAGAACGCGCCGAAGAGCAGGUGCACGGGCCUGCUCGAGGCCAUAGUCUUCGUAAGGUACGUCGUAGGAGUGGACGAGGUCGAUGCCCUCAUCACCAGUCGGCGAUGCAAAGGGGUCGGGAUGGUUGAGACCUUCAAAGAAUCGAGACAAGCCCCGGCUUUAACGGUAAGUCAGCUUAUGCGACUACAUGAAACUUUGCGAUCGCACAGCGACCCUUGGACCCGCCACUUUGCUGGGUGUGCCUUGAUCGCGACAUACAGCCGUUGCAGGUGGUCAGACAUUCAGCACUCUGAGGAGCUUAUCAUAGAUAGGGACUCGGGCGGUGUGCUGAUUUACUUGGAACUUCGGAUAGGGGUUCACAAGACUUGUCGAUUGCAGAGCAAGAGGCAUCGAUUCUUGCAUGUCGUAUCGCCUAGCAUGGGGCUCCAAGACUUCGGCGAGCUCUGGCUCGCUAGCAGGAGGGCAAUCGGACUUGAGGAUGAAAGAUCUAUGCCAUUCUGCCCGGCGCCGGAUGCGAGUGGGUCUCCGACAGUCCGAGGCAUCGACUCGGAUGAAGCUACCACUUGGCUGCGGCUUAUCUUCCGUCCAGAGCCUGUGCAAGCCGUGGAGCCCUCGUCAAAGUCCUUUAAGGCGACCGUUCUGUCAUGGGCGGCUAAGAGGGGGGUGGACGGCCUAUCCCUUCAGAAGCUAGGCUAUCACGCGGCAGGAGGCCUCGACGUCGUGUAUAGUCGCGACGCACAGGCGCCAGACACCCUCAUCGUCGAAAAGCUCUUGGCCGAGGUGCGUGAGGGCAGGUUUAAACCGGAUGAGUGGAGGGGAGGCCGGUUGAUAGGAUCGCCAGUUCCUCUGCUUGAGCCGUUGGCAAAGCCGGUAGUAGGCAGAGGGAUUCCUGACGAGUUGCCGGCUAGCCCUUCCUUGGAACCUCGGCCGGUAGUCAAGGAGGAAAUGCGCAGUGAUGCGGGGUUCGGGAGUGCUGUCAGUGUGCAUGGUUCUGACAGUGAAAUCGAGGAGGAGCUGGAGUGCUUAGGAAGCUCCACGGAUUCCGCUGAGGAAGAGGACUUUCAGGCCUGUGGCUGUUGUGGCCCGUGGAGAGGCUGUGCCUGCGGGUUUUGA